AUGAGCGAGUAUGGCGAGUCGUUCGAAGAGUUUGUAGACGAAGAGUCCAUCGGGGAUGCCGACGACAACACGAUGCGUCGCAGUCGCUCCAGGUCUCCUUCGCGACCGCUAAAGCCACUGGCGGUGCCAGCGAUCCACGAGAGUUCGUACGAAGACGAGUCGUUCGAAGCUGCCACCAGCACUAGCCCGUCCAAAGCAGCGACGACGACCCACAUCGCUACACAUCUACAGCCUGUAGACGCACUCGUGAAAUUUCCACUGGGCUCCGUCGUGGAGGUGUAUUGGCCAGAUGAAAAGGAAUGGUUCACAGGCGCCGUUCGACACUAUGACACGACCCAUGGGUAUUUCGUACAGUAUGCAGAUGGCGACGAGCAAUGGGAGGACGAAAGUGCCAUGCGGUGGCCUCCACAGAACGAGUCAUUGAACGACCAUCUUCCUCAAGCUCCUCCGGACAGUUCUACGAUCCUGCCCCCUCCAGCUCUCAAUUAUCGCAUUCUCGUCCCUAGAGCGUACACAGCCCUAGCACACCAUCCGUCGACGAUCAAGGUGGCUCGACCGUACACAAGCGUGGCGACUCAUCCAACCGUGUCCAGCAUGUACGUGACGCCACGCAAGUUUACGUCAGCGAUGGAAGCUUGCAUCGAGUGCAAAGCUCGUUGCGGCUGGGCGCACGAGACCAUCAAAUGGGGCAACAUCGGUUCAACCUCCACUUUGUCAACGGGUACAUCGAUCUAUGGUCAGCAUCCGUCAGAUCAUCGGUUCCUUCAGCCGAAUGUCAUGGAGCAGGAGACACAGACACAUGCAUGCAGCAGGGGAUCUCAAUGA